AUGAUUACUCUUCAAGAUAUUAAUAAAUUUAUUAACACCAUAGACUAUCUAGUCUUAUUCAUCUCAAUCGUCAUUAUCUAUAUCUUUAACUUUUAUUAUAAAUAUUUAACUCGUUCUAAUCCACUUCCUAGCCAACUACCUUUACCAUUCAUCGGAAAUCUUCAUAAUUUUUGGUUUGAUAUUCAACUAUUUUAUAAACAAUGUCAAAAGAAAUAUGGUGAUAUCAGUGAAGUGAUGCUUGAUCGCAGAUAUAUCAUUCUCUCACGUCCAGAAUAUAUUGAAAAGUUUUAUGAUCGUAAAUUAUUUUUCAUGAAACUCCCAUAUUCUCAAGGUUUAGAGGAAAUUGGAAUGUAUGGACAUGGAAUCGCAUUUAAUGAUAAUUAUGAAAGUUGGAAGCAAAAUAAGAAAUUCUUUACAGAUACAUUUGUGGCACAGAGAUUUAUGGAUAAUGUGGUGAAACUUACAAAUGAAUUAUAUGAAGAAUUAAGCAAUAAUGAUUAUUGGACAUUAGAAACUGAUUUUACUGCAUGGUUUCAUGGAUUUACAAAUGAUAUUGUUUCAAAGAUAAUCACUGGAGAACGCACGUAUUCAACUGCGUCCUAUUACAACACACAAAGUCUUAACAAAUCUGAAUACUCUGAUGCACUAGUCGAGGAUGUGAACAAAUUUGUCAAAUCAAACAUAAAAUAUCUUGAAUGUCUCACGUUCUUUGCAUUUUUUGACCCAUUCGUAAGGCAUUACAUUCCAAUAUUCAAAAACAAGUCAAGUGCUUACUUAAAGAAUCGUGAUUAUUUAUUUGAAAAAUUGGAUAACAUAAUUAAGAAGAGAAGAAAAGAGGUUGAAGAAAUGUCAGUAAAUAUAGAAAUGAGAAUUGAUAUGCUUACUUCCUUAAUCAUGGCAAACAUGAAUGUGAAAGCUUCAAAUAACGAAGUGUUAAAACCAAUGACUGAUGAAGAUAUCAGAGAAAUUGAUAAUAUUUUGCCUAAAUCUUCUGAGAAAUCUUAUAUAUCAUACAACGAUCUCCAAAAACUAAAAUACUGUGAAGCGAUAAUUAAAGAAGUUUCGCGUAUGAUACCAGUUGGUCCUGUUACAUUUCGCACUGUUACUGAAGAAAUCGAAAUUGCAGGAUAUAAAUGGCCUCCUGGAACACAUUUUAUUUUGAAUUUGGUAGCAGUACAUGGUCAUCCUGAAUUUUGGCCUGACCCAGAAAUUUUCAAUCCAGAUAGGUUUUAUAGUUCUGAUAAUGAUGAUCAAAAUGAUAAAAGAUUUGACAACAAAUCUGCCUUUAUGAUGUUUGGUGGAGGUAGUCGAAUAUGUCCUGGAAGAAAAUUGGCAAUGGUUGAGUUACUUUUAUUAAUGGCGUUAGUAUAUAAGAAUUAUAAUGUUGAAUUGGUAAAUGUGCAUGAACCUUUAAAAAUUCUUACUCGCAUUGGUUCGAAAUGUAAGAAGCUUAAAGUUAGGAUUAGUCCCCGAACUUGA